CAGUGAGCCGAGCUCGGGUGUGCGCGUGCGCGUGCGCUCGGCCAGUCCUGGCGGCGAGCGCAGACCCCGAGAGUGCGGGAGCGCGGGCGCGGUCCCGAGUCAGAGAGAGGAGCCCCCGAGGAGCGAUGCUCGCGCCAUGACCUCGGCCGCUCCGAAGGAAGGGGGGCCGACGGCCCCCGACGCCGAGGCCGCCCAGAGCUUCUUGGACGCCUUCCUGCAGGAGUUCCCGGGCCCUUUGCCCCCGGAGGCGGCGCUGCCCUGGAAGGUGCCAGCGGCGCCCCUGAGCCAGGAGGAGGUGGAGGGCGAGCUGAGCGAGCUGGCGCUGGGCCUCCUCAGCAGCAGGACCGCGCCACUGCCCCUGGCCUGCUCCCUCACCCGCGAGGCCGUGGCCCAGCUCACGCAGGAGGAGCUGGCUGUGUUCAGGCGCCUGCCCAGCCAGGAGAAGGUGGAGCAGCAGGAGGAGGAGGAGGAGGAGGAGGAGGAGGAGGUCUGCGGCCCCUUGCUGGAUGCAGAGAGCCUGCAGCGAUGCUUCUUCAACAAGCUUUGGGAGGUUUGCAGCCGGAGGCAGAAGCAGAUGCCGGCCCCUUCCGCGUGCCCUCCUUGUCCCCGGCUGACCUCCGUCCACGCCAUCCGAAACACCCGCCGCAAGAUGGAGGACCGGCACGUGGUGCUUCCCGCCUUCAACCAGCUCUUUGGUUUCAGUGACCAGGUGGAUCGGGCCUACUUUGCCGUCUUUGAUGGUCACGGAGGAGUCGAUGCCGCCAGCUACGCUGCAGUCCACUUGCACGUCAACGUGGCCCGGCACCCGGAGGUGACCAGAGACCCCGCGGCGGCCCUGCGGGCAGCAUUUAAGCAGACGGACGAGAUGUUCCUGCAGAAAGCCAGGCGGGAGAAGCUGCACAGUGGUACCACCGGGGUCUGCGCCUUCCUUGUGGGCCGCACCAUCCACGUGGCCUGGCUUGGAGACUCCCAGGUCCUGCUGGUGCAGCAGGGGCGGGCCCUGGUGCUGAUGGAGCCCCACAAGCCUGAGCGCCAGGACGAGAAAGAGCGCAUAGAAGCUCUGGGCGGCUUCGUGUCCUACGUGGACUGCUGGCGGGUCAACGGUACCCUGGCGGUUUCCAGAGCCAUCGGGGACGCCUUCCAGAAGCCCUACGUGUGCAGCGAGGCCGACGUGGCCUCCCACGAGCUCUCGGGCGCCGAGGACUACCUCCUCCUGGCCUGCGACGGCUUCUUCGACUCGGUCCCGCCGGAGGACGUGGCCGGCCUGGUCCGCGGCCUCUUGCUGCAGAGCCCGGGGGGCGCCCCGCGCAUCGCGGAGGAGCUGGUGGCGGCCGCCCGAGAGCGCGGCUCGCGCGACAACAUCACCGUCCUGGUGGUCUUCCUCAGGGACCCCCAGGAGCUCCUCGGAGACUGAGCGGCGGAGGCGGCGGGACCCGCGGGUGGGAGGCUCGGCCUCUGCCUUCUCGGGGCUCCAGAGGGGGGUCCCUGAGAGCUCCUGGGGCCGGGCACCCCUCCCCCUGCCCCGUGGCCUCCCCCUCCCCUUGCCCCUUCUCCAUCCCAGGGGUUCCUUAGGAAAAGGGGGCCUGGCGCGGCCUGCUCCCUCCAGUGUUACCGACCCUUCCCGAGGUCUCAGGCCCCACCCCCUCCCCCCCAGCCAUGGAAACGGCUCCCUCCCGUGCACUUAGGUCAGCGCCCCCCCAAGGUGCCAGGAGAGAGCCGGCCGGUCCCAGCCGCCAGCAGGAUUACCAAAGAGCUCUGUGGGAAGCCCCGAUCCCGGGCCGGGGCCAGGCCAGCUUCCGCAGACCAGACACACCAAAGACUAGGGGCUGCCCAGGGCCCGCCCGGCCUCCUCGGCCGGGGGCGGGGGAGCCCCCGCCCUGCCGGCCCCCGCCGCGACCCCUCCUGGGCAGCCUGGGUCCCCGAGUGCCAGGCCCAGCCAGGUCUCCCACCCAGAGGCAGCGCCAGCCCCUGAGUCUGACACUGGGCAGAACCAUGGUGAGCAGUGUUACUUUGCAGGGUUUUUCAGGCCCCCCUUUGCCAGCCCCCAAGUGCCUUCAGCCUUCUCAGAGGGUCACCAGGCGCAGUCUAAGGUGGGAAGGGGCCGUGUCCCACCCCCAAGGGAGGGGCCACAUCCACCUUUGGCAAGGACUCCAAAAUGGCCCCGGACACCCGGGUGAUUUUGCUGGAUGAGAAGCCCCCCCCUAAAUCUGGGAGACCUGACCCAGGAACCCCAGGGGCCUUUUAGAAAUGGCCGGAGCAGUCAGGCCACGCUCACCCCCUCCCCCUCCUGGCUUGGCCCUCCCUCUGUGCCUUACUUUCCUGUCCUGUGAAAUGGGUGGUUGGUAUAGGGGGUCCCAGAAGCCACCCACUGAGCAGAGGCCUCUUGUCCCAGAUCCCUCAGCAGCGGCCUUCCCACCUCCGGGGAUGAACACUCCCACUCCCCUCCUCCAGAGGCUCCUCUCCUCCUCCCCGCCCCAUCCCCCACCCCCCCUCCGAGGGUCUCUCCUCCAGGCCCAGGGGGCGCUCUGGCUUCCUGCCAUCCCAGGAUGUCCCACCGAGCUUGAGGUCACUGUGAAGACUGGGGGGGGGGGGGGGGGGCGCCAGACUGGGCCGGGCCUCCAAGGACAGUCUCCAGCUCUCUUGGAGGAAGCCCCGGGCACAGGACGGGAAGCCCUGGCGGGGAUGUCGGGCCCAGUGGACGACCCCCGGCUUCUCCACAAGCAGGAGCUCCUCCCUCCGUGCCCCCUUCAGCGGGUGGGGGCCAUGAAGACGCUGGAAGGGAGCCCCCUCCUCCCCCAGCCUUGGGCAGAGGGGCUGCGCUGGGCCCUAAACAAGGCGGGAACAACUGAUGAGCCCGGCCUGGGGAGGGAGGCCUACGGGGCCUGGCCGCACUGAGCUUGGCCGCCACGGGUCUCUGGGCCUCCAGACAGCCAUGGACCUCUGGGCCGCGGACAUCCCCCCCCCCCCAUCCCUGGGCCUCCGGCAGGUUCACAGCUGCUUCCUCCCCCACACCCGGACUGUGCUCCCUCCCUGCUCGGAGGGAAAGGAGAGGAUCUUGAUCCCCCAUUUCCCCGGGGGGGGAGGGGGGGGAGGGUGCUGGGACAGCCCCGGGGCCUCAGCCUCCGCCCCGUGACAAGGUUGUGGGGAAAGCCCCUUCCUGACCACAGCGCCCUCCCCGGUGCCCAGCGGGCCGUGGCGCCCCCUCUCGGUUCUCCCCAGCCUCAGAUGUGAGGCUCUGGGGCGUCCUCUGUGCCGCUGCUGCCACGAGGGCCCCCAGCCCUCGGACAGGACGGCUCUGCGCAGAGGGGGACAGUCCAGUGUUAUUAGCGUCCAUUUUUACAAUGGAGGAGGCCGGGAGCCCGAGCCGCACGUGGGGGCCCCUCCCCCGCUGCAGCUCGUCCCGGGCCUUUCCUGGGGGAGGGGGAGACGCGGCACCGGGGCCUGCUCAGCUGGGCUGCUGCUGCCCGCGAGACCCCCCUUCCUCGCCCUCUCCCGAGAAGGAGCCGGGGCUAGCUCAGGAAGUGCCCUCCUGGGCACGGUGCCCGGAGCUGCAGAGAGCCCCUCUGCCUUCGCUGACCCCCCCCCCAUCCGCGUCCGUUAGAGUUCCCCCGUCUUGGGGCAUCGCCCCCUCAUCCAUUAGUGUGAGAUUUGGGGGGCUGCCCGCUGGGCUCGGGAUUGGGGCCCUCGGCCCGGGUCCUGCGGGCUGGAGUUGGGGGAGGGGAAGAGCCGAAGGUGGCUCUGGACAAGGAGGAGGGAGAGGCCGGGGGGAGGGAGGGGGCCUCGGGAUGCGCUCCCAGGAGCCUGCGCCGGCCUCGAACGCCGCUCUCUGGCGGCCUCAUUUGGCAUUCCUGUGGCGGGCGGGCGCUUCCUGCCUCGGGUCCGGCCCAGCUGUGCCCGCGAGGGGGGGCGGGGAGGGCAGAGCCGCGGUCCCGGCAGACUACACUGGGGGCAUUGUGCCCGGCCCCGGCGGGGAGGGGGCCCCACGGCUGGCGCGGGCAGGAAGGCCGGGGGCCCUCGCAGGCCUCCAAGGGCUGCCCCGGAGGAUUGGACCGCAGGGAAAGGGGGGGCGGGGGCGGGACAGGCCGAGCCACUGGGAGCGGGCGGGAGCUGGGGGGCCCCGCCGCUGGGGGCUCCUGGGAGGCGCCGGGGCUGGCUCAGUGGCCAGGACCUCCCCCCGUCCCCGCCCCACCCCCCUUAUCCCUUGAGUCAGUAUUUGGUGGGGCGGGGGGCCAGCUCUCCCUUGCUCGCGGCCCCUCCCCCUCGGGCCCGUUUCCUGGUUAGGCGGGAGGGGCCGUCCCGCUUGUCAGUCAGUAUUCUUUGCCCAUAAAUCCCCCUUUCUCCCGGGCGCCGCCUGCAGCGACUCUAUUUAUUGGCUAACGCCGCUUUGCAUAUAUUUGCAUAUAUGGGGCGGGGCUGUUCUCGGCGGGGAGGCUCCGGCUUCUGAGAUGCUGCUUUGUUCGGAAGGAGCUUUUCCCGCGAGGCCGCCCCGUCCCGAGUGGGGACCGCCCCGUCCCGAGUGGGGACCGCCCCGUCCCGAGUGGGAGGCUCCUUCGCCCUUUUCCGGAGGAGGGGAGACACCGGCCCGGGAGAGCUCUCGGGGCGGGCUCCCGCGGCAGCUGCAGAAGCAGCUCCGCCCCCCCUCCCCCCCGCCGUGCGCGUGCACACAACCUCCACACGCAGGCACCCCGCGGGCGCCUCCUUGGGAGGGCGUUGUCUAGGCCCGAGGGAAGGGGGAGGUGCCUCGGCCACCUGGAGUACUCUGGCGCAAGUAUUAAUAAACAGGAGUAUCAGUA